CUCUACCUUUAAAUAUCAGCAAAACCCUCUUUGUUAAGUUAGAAAGUGGUCAGAGCAGCAAGCUGCACCACUUGACUGCACUAGAAUAAAACAUUUUUUAUUAAUCUGCCUAUUUUUGUUUCAUCUAGCACUAUGGCUGAAUCUGGCUUUCCUUUACCACCGGACGCUUUAUGUCCUCUGUGUGCAGAUGGACUCAGAGAUCCAGUCACCAUUCCCUGUGGUGACACUUACUGCCUGGAGUGUAUCAAGAUCUACUGGGAUCAGUUUGAUCACAUGGGGGUGUACAGCUGUCCGCAGUGCCGUGCCACCUUCACCCCACGGCCUGUCCUGCGACGAAACCUCCCCGACGUCCAGCACCAGCCCCGCCAACAACUUCCAGAGCUCACUCCCUUUCCGUACAUGCACCGGGAAUCCUACUGCGAUUUCUGUGUGGGUCGUCGGAACAAGGCCGUAAAGUCAUGUCUGGUGUGUUUGGCUUAUUACUGUGAGACGCACGUCAAGCCGCACUACGAGUCGUCCACUUUCAAGAGGCACAAGCUGGUGGAUGAGACAGGACAUCUGGACAGAAAGAUCUGUCCCCAGCAUGAGAAGGGCCUGGAGCUUUUCUGUCGCACCGAUCAGAUGUGCAUCUGUGUGCUCUGCACGGUCAGGGAGCACCGCAGCCAUAACAUCGCAUCCGCUGAAGAAGAACGGAUCGAGAAACAGAAAGUCCUGGUGGUGACACAAACGGAAGUGCAGCACAUCAUAUCAGAGAGGAUGAAGGAGCUGCAGGAGCUCAAGCACAAUGUGGAUGUUCUAAAGAAUGCCGCCCAGAGAGCACAAACAGAAAGCGACAAGACGUUCCACGAAAUGCUGCAGGCGGUUGAACGCUGGAAGGCUGAAAUCAACCAGAUGAUAAUGGCCAACAUGCAGGCUGCCAUGUCGCAGGCCGACGGCUACGUGGAGCGCUUGGAGCAGGAGAUCAUGGAGCUGCAGAGGCGGGACGCUGAGCUGCGACAGAUUCUCGAAACGGAGGACAACAUUCAUUUCCUGCAGAAUUUCCCAACCUUGUGUGUUGCUCCUGAAGCAAUGGUGCCCAAAGUGCUCAUCAACCCUCAGUUCUCCUUUGGGGAGAUCAGCAAAACAGCCACAGAGAUGAAGGAGAAUCUGGAUGACAUUUGUAAAAAAGAGCUGAGCAAAAUCUCCAAGACGGUCAGUGAAACUCCUGUCUACAUUCUUUUACCACGGAAUGGAGAGAAACGUCUUAAAGUUCCGUCCAGGAAAGAUUUUCAGGAACCCAAAUCUAGAUCCGACUUUCUCAGAUAUGCCUGUAAGCUCUCCUUUGAUCCAAACACGGUGUACAAAGAGCUGGUGUUGUCAGACGGGAAUCAGAGGGUCACCAGGAAGAAGUCUGUCCAGUUUUACCCGGAUCACCCGGAGCGCUUUGACGGCUUCUCCCAGGUGCUUUGCAGGGAGUCCAUGUCCGGUUUCAGAUUCUACUGGGAGGCGGAGUGGAGCGGGGAGUUUUCCAUAGGGGUGGCCUACAAGGGCAUCAACCGCAAGGGCAAGAACUCCCAAAGCCUGCUGGGCUACAAUGACAAGUCAUGGAGCCUCCUCUGCUCUGAUUCCGGGUAUUCAGCCUGGCACAACACGGCGGACAAAGACCUCCCCAACGCCCCCCGCACCACUAGAAUAGGAGUGUACUUGGACCAUGCAGGUAAUGGGGUGACUCUCUCCUCUGCAUCUAUGUUAGAAGAUGAACCACUGGAGGUCAGCAAAGUCAACAUUUUAGAGAAUCUGUAUGAAUCACUCCUUUAACCUUAGAACAUUUUUGCCAUGAAAAGUUACACUGUAAUUUUUACCUAAUAUAAUACAUCCAAUAAAAAGUAUUUGUCAUGAAUGGGUUCAAGACAUUAUUUUUAUAUUAAUGUCAUUACUUGUCAAUAAAAAGUAUAUCUCUC